UUUGCUAGUUCAAAAAUUAUGUUCUGAGGAAUCUGUGUGCUACGAUAUUUUGAUUAACAAGAGCAAAUAAUAAGAAAAAGUUGAAUUAGUCCAAGUUUGACAACAUGGAAAAUGAAUUAUAAUCAGACACACCAGUUUCUUCUGGGAUUAAGGUUCCUUCCUACUAAUUUAGAAGUUUUUUUCUCAAAUACAAAGAAAUGGUUCAAACUACAGCUAAAGAUCGUAGUUCUUGAAUGAGAAAUAUUAAAGAUUCCGAACGUAGCCGAAGAUUUGAGCAGCUUGCAGAUGAAGAAAAUGGACAGCCCUCUCGUCAUUCGCCGUCGCCAAAAUAGAAAACAGAAUCCUACUUUGGAUGACUAUAUAAGCGGAAAAUACAAUAAUCAGAAGCAUCGGAAGUACUUUUCUGGGUUAAAUGAUUACAUCAAAACCGCAGCAAGAAAAGUGGGACGUUUCUUUUCUGCAUUUUUAUUUCGGGAAAAGACAGAAAACUCCACUGGAGAUCAAGUUGAAUCAAAUAAAACACACUGUCACAGUGAAGAAAUUUCGUCUUCAAGUCAGAGAAGGUAUUCAUCAAGACAUAGGCGUUCCAGUUCUUAUGCAUCUUCAGAAAUUGAAACAGGCUAUUUAAGAAUCAAAUUAUCGUUAGAAGGAAUAUAUAAAGCCACCAGAAAUUUCUCCCCAGCAAAUAAAAUCGGGGAGGGAGGGUUCGGAACUGUUUACAAGGCACAACUCGAGAAUGGACUCACUGUCGCCGUAAAACGUGCUAAAGUGGAUAAAUAUAACCCGAAUAUGUCAGAGGAGUUCAAAAAUGAAAUUCUUGCCUUAUCAAAGAUUGAGCAUAUAAAUUUAGUAAGGCUUCAUGGGUAUGUGGAGCAUGCAGCAGAGAGGAUUGUAGUUGUGGAAUAUGUGAGCAAUGGAACACUCCGGGAACAUUUGGACGGGAAACGAGGAAAUGGGCUUGACAUCACAGAACGUUUGGAUAUUGCCACUGAUAUAGCUCAUGCAAUUACCUAUCUACACGCAUACACAGAUCCUCCAAUCAUCCACCGGGACAUAAAAGCUUCAAACGUACUUAUCACAGAUAAACUACGUGCAAAAGUGGCGGACUUUGGGUUCGCGAGGUUAGGUGUUGAAGAUCCUAGGGUCACUCACAUUUCCACACAGGUAAAAGGAACUGCUGGUUAUUUGGAUCCUGAAUACGUCAGGACGUAUCAGCUUACUGAAAAGAGCGAUGUUUACUCCUUCGGCGUGUUACUUGUGGAGAUAAUCACGGGAAGAAAUCCCAUUGAAUCAAAGAGAAGGCCUGAUGAGAGAAUAACCACAAGAUGGGCAUUGAGGAGAUUAAAAGACGGUGAAGCCGUUGUAGCAAUGGAUCCAAAUUUGAGAAGAAAUGGAGGAUCAAUUCAGGCAGUUGAAAAGGUGCUGAAACUAGCUAGGCAAUGCCUUGCUCCUUCGAGACAAUCAAGACCCUCUAUGAGGAUAUGUGCAGAGAUAUUGUGGGGAAUUCGAAAAGAAUUGAGGGAAAUCAGUAGCCUUUCCAGUGCUGCUUCUUUCCACUCUGGAAAUCUCAUUGAAACGCACCAUACAAAGAGUCGCCAGAAUUUGUUUGGGAUUGAAGGCAGUGACAGCUUAAUGUUUGUUUCUCUAUGAGCAUGUGUAUGUAUCAUGAAUAAAUCGACAUUAUUUGUACUGGAUCGAAUCUUCGUAAUGAUAAAUAUAUCAUAAAUCACCAUCCUCCGACUUUAAGCA